AUGUUUUGUUUACGCGUACUGGUGUUGGUUUUGGCUAUAUUGGCCACCGCCUGUGCUGUGUGUGCCAACAUCUUCCCUGUCUUCCAGAAGGAGAAAGAGCUCGUGACGACGAAGCAGACGCUAUGGUACAAUGAGGUGAUCUUGCCCGAUGGCAAUGAGACCGAGCAGAAGGUGAGUAAGAGCUUGUGCGGGCAGUACAAGCUGUUUUUCCAGGUCUCCGAGGGCACCGCUGUGGGUGCAGCUGGUGUAGGCCUCAUCGUUGUGGGCAUUGUCUUCGCCCAACUGUUUCUUCACGAGAGAAUAUGUUGUUUUAUUUACGGCGUGUCG